CGCUCGCUUUUAUUAAAUUUCAUAGAUUUGUUCAAGAAGGAAAUACGUUAAAAUUUCUUCGUUUCGUAUCUAGUGAUACAAACAAUCAUUCCGAAUAUAAUCACUUAUUUAGUUUUUAGUUGCUUAAUCGAUUGCAAUGGGUACCUUGGGCAACCAGUUCAUCCUGUCGCGGGAGCGCCGCCGCUUCGGGAGGCAGUGCCUCUUCACGGACCGCAAUGAGAUGAUCCUCAGUGUGCAGCCAAGUGGACGACUACGCCUUAAGUACAUCCUGCGCAAUCCGAUAAACGAGCGGACGCAGCUGAGCGAACAGUAUGCCGCCUCCUCGGCGUUGACCCACAACGUGACACUGGAUUCCCAUGGCCUGAAUCACUACGAAGGCGGCUGGAACGUCAAGGAGGUGAACAUUUUGGAUGAGGAGUCCACACUGCGCUAUCGCAAGAAGGUCGAGCGCGAUGACUCCUGGGGCAUCGAGGUGAACCAACUGAUGCACGACGCAAUGGACAUCAGUUCGGCCAAUAAUGCAAUCAACAUAUACGAGGACUUCUUUGUGGAUCUACCAGCCGAUUUGGGUCAUGGGAUCAGCAUGAAGAUCGCGGCCAGGCUUAUUCAUGUCUUUCAUGAUCUGUGGAUCCCGUCGCGUCAGCUGAAGACGUGCGAGUGGCUGAACAACGACCCCAAUCAGUUUCUCCUGUUUUUCACCAACACACAGAGCCUGACACCGAACUACACAAAGCAGCUGAACACCCUGCCCGAUUUUGGCAACGAUAAUCCGCAUGCGUUCUACGUUUGGAACGUGGAUGACGCCACCCGACCGGUGGCCUACUACGAUUCCACGAGAGUCGUGCGGAUCGCCAGGGUGUGCAUGCGGGAUGAGAGUUACAUGGUGGGUGGACUCCAAGAGGGACAGGUUGGCUUCUGGCUAACCGAUAACCAGGGUGGGCCCAAGACCAUUUGCCCCCUGGAGGCAUGUCAUCGCGAGGCCACCACCGCCAUCUGCUGGGUGCACUCGAAGCUCAACACGGAGUUUUACUCGGGAUCAUUGGAUGGGUCCAUCAAGUACUGGGAUACCCGGAAUCUACUGAUGCCGGUGCAUGAGAUACUGGCAGAACCGGAUCCCCAGUCCAUUCAAAAUCGCCAAAAUGCACAUGGCGUUACUGUCCUCGAGUUCGAGUACACCAUCCCAGUGCGCUACAUCGUCUGCACGGAUAUGGGUUACUUGUUCGUCUGCAAUCGCAAGGGCACGACUCCGCAGGAAACUAUCGUUGCCUCCUAUCAACUUUUUGUCGGUCCCAUUCGCUGCGUAAUGCGUAAUCCGUUCUUUGUGAAGAACUUCCUGGUGGUGGGCGAUUGGCGAGUGCGGAUCUGGUCGGAGGAGGUGAAGAACUGCCCCAGUACCUUCUACAUCCGCCGGCCGAACCAGGUGUUGAGCGGUGCCUGGAGCACCGGACGCUGCUCGCUGUUCUGCAUUGGUGACGACAAGGGCAACUUGGAGUUUUGGGACCUGCUUAUGUCCCACACUCGACCAAUUCUCACCAUCAAAUACAAGUACCCCGUCACCCAUCUGAUAUUCAAGCCGGAUGGAUGCAUACUAACCGUGAGCCUGGCCAACGGAGAUUGUCUGAUGCUCCGCAUGGAGGAGGGUAUGCGAACCGCCACCGUCAAGGAGAAGUCACUCAUGAUGUCGAUGUUUGAACGGGAGAUACAGCGUUGCAAACUUCUGGAGGCUCGCGAGGAGGAGAUCAAGUUGAAGAAGCGCCUGACCACCAUUUUCUUGGAGGAGGAGCGCAAGUCCCGGGAAAAGCUGGAGGCCAAGAAGAAGAAGGGCCAGGCCAAGCGGGAAAUGGAGCCGAAGCCCGAGGACGAAGCGACCAUCUUUCUCAGGAUGAUCGAGAGCGAUGCGGAAUUCAGCAAGGCUCUUCUGGAGUUCAACGAAGCCAUGGAAAACAUCACCUUACAGCGUGCCAAGCGCACUUUCGCCAUGGAGCGCACUGUAUUCGAAACGAAUCACCCCAUCUCUCAGGAAUAGGGGGAUAUAUAUUUUUGAGUUCCCUAUUAUACAUUAGCUAGCGCUUUCUUACAUCAUUAUAUAACCAAUAUAUGCAUUUUAAUAAAAGCAAUGUGAAUACAA